AUGGCAUCUCCUCCAACGGUGAUCUGGGUUCCAGUGCUGGUCAUCAUUCUGCUGGGCCUCCUGGCAGCAAUGGGAGUGUUUGUGCUGCGAAGAAAGCCCAAGUUGCUCAGCAAAGUACACAUGUCAAUGUAUGAAAGGAAUUCAGACGCUGGUCCUUCUCAAGACAAAUUUAAGGCCAUUCCAGUGACCAAAUUUCCAGAUCAUUUCUACCGCCUGAGCCGCGAUGAGAAUCGAGAGUUCUCAGUAGAAUAUUCGCAAUUCAGCACUGUAGGAGCAGACCUAAGUCAGCAUCAAGCAGCUCUUCCAGAGAAUAAGAGCAAAAACAGAUUCAUUGAUAUACUGCCAUAUGACUGUUCUCGUGUGAAGCUCAGUACACGUGGCCAGAACUCAGACUACAUCAACGCCAACUUCAUACCCGGCUAUGGGGGCAAGAAGAUGGAAUACAUUGCGGCUCAAGGUCCACUCAGCUCCACCGUCAGUGACUUCUGGAGAAUGAUCUGGGAGCAAAAGUCAGAACGGAUUGUCAUGGUUACCAACUGUAUAGAGAAUGGAAAGGCUAAGUGUGACCACUAUUGGCCUAAAGGCCCUUCUCCAUGUCGCCAUGGUGACCUACUCAUUACCAUGACAUCAGAGCGUAAAGACAACAACUGGACCAUGCGGGAAUUGAUUGUAAAAAAUGAGGCCAAAUCUGAGGAAAGGCGAGUUAAACAUUUCCACUUCACAGCCUGGCCAGACCAUGGUGUUCCUAAGGGAACCAAGGAACUGAUUCAGUUCUGUGGACACAUUCGGCAGCACAUUGACAGUUCUCAAUCCUCAGGGCCCUCAGUUGUGCACUGCAGUGCUGGAGUUGGCAGAACAGGCACUCUGAUAGCCCUGGAUGUGCUGCUGCAGCAGGUGGAGAGAGAGCAAGCCGUGGACAUUGCAGGGUUUGUCCAUCGCAUGAGACGCCAUCGGCCACGCAUGGUGCAAACAGAGUCCCAAUAUGUAUUUCUGCACCAGUGCAUCAAUGAUUGCUUGAAACAGAAGAAACCAGAGGAGCCGAUAUAUGCUAACAUAACUGGCCCAGAUGUAAUCUAUGUAAACACUGCAGCCAUAACCUCCAAUCACAGGAAAUGAUUGUAGCCUUUGAGAUUAGUAAAGGUACAUUAUGCAGGUUUAGCUAUUUUUGGCUCCCUCUAGAGUCAUUUAUAUUUAGUCAUCUAUAUUUAUAUUUUACUCUGCUGUUGUUAAUAGCAAACUUCUUUUGAAUUAUCCCCCUGCACGAAUUAAACAUGUUUUUGUUGUGAAGGAUUAACAACAAAGAGCUACAUUAUAUCUAUACUGACAAGGUCAUGUUUCCCGAUUCUCGCGAGAUUUGAUGGGUCACCCUUCUUGAAGUUGCACGGCUGGUUUUCUCAGUAGCAACUCGUUAUGUCUAUGCGGUGGACAUUAGCUACGGGUGAACGAUUCACCUAUUUCAAGUUUGUGUCGUCACAUUGAGUUCGUAAAAAAAUAUUGCAUAUUGUACCUUUAACUUGCUGUUUCACAAUUUUAGAUAAAGGACAAAGAUAUUUGCUGAUAAAAUAAUCCUGUAAAGUCAAAAUGUCCACCAGAGUGACCGAAACACAUACAAGAGCAUCAUGAUUAUAUGUAAAUAUUACUUCUUCACUCAUAAUAAUAAUAAUAAUAAUGAUGAUAAUAAUAAUGAUAAUAAUAAUAAUAAUAAUAAUACAUUUUAUUUAUAAAGUGCCUUUCAAGACACCCAAGGUCGCUUCAUGGCCUAAGAAUUGGUUUGUGCUGCAUCUUUUGGUCUGAUUAGGCAUGACAUCUCUGGUCACAAGCUCCGUUUGACAGUUUAGAAACAGGCUUCACUCUAUAAAAUAUUGUAAAUAGAACAGUUUGAGCUUUACAUCAUAUGGACUACCUUUCAAUUGAAAGUCUACAGGCCUUUGUGACAUUUGUUUUUUUGUUCUACGAUGCAAUUGUAUGCUUAAUGUUUGAAGUAGGAAUGGUUGUAUUGCAUUGCUAGUAUCUGACUACUUAAUGCAAGGACAAGAAAAAGCCUCAACAGAUCAACACACUGUAAUUCAUACCUCAACAUGGACACCGUACUGCUCAUCAUGUAGAAAACAGAAGUAACCAUAAACUGUUAACAUUA